GAGUUUUCCCUCCUUCCCUCUGGAUGUAGGUAUAGGAUGAGGCUAUCCAUGGUUUGAACUUUUAACAGGAGGGUACGUGGACCAGGACUAACUCAUAUUGUUUUUGUCACUGAUAUGUCUGGAGGCACCUCUGUAUGUUCUAGCUAUAUAGUAAUGAAACUGUGUGCCCUUAAACUGCAUAUGUUUUAAGACUUGACCUUGUUUUUUUAUGUUCUUUUAGCAGUGUGUGUUUUUAGGAGGGAUAAUGGAGACGUCUCUACAUGAACAUCCUUCAAAGAUGGUUGCAGCUCGUCAUCUAGUGGAGGAAAGUGAGAAGAACUCAGCUGCUGAGAUCAGCUGACUCCUGUUUAUCUUUGCUUCACUCUUUCUGUGCGAAAUGUGCAGCGGCUGUAAAGCAAAAAAACCGAACAAACCUGCCGUGUUUUACUCAUGCUGCGACUAUGCGCUCCUCCAGGCUUUGACACCCAGUUUACUGUGAUGAAAUGACGGCUGCAGGUAUGACAGAUCCCCGGUUAGCUGCUGGCUGUAGCUUCCUCAGCAGCUGCUAACUGUUAGCGUGCUAACCAACAGUAGCUAACAAUAAAGCCCCUGGUAACCACUGCUGACGACGAGGGGCAUUAAAAGACGACUAACGUACGAAUUUACGUUAACUAAGGCUCAAAAACUAACUAACUAGCGUAUCUCAUGAGAGCCGUUGGUUGAAUUAAAGAGGCUAAUGUAACGUCAGGCGGUUUUGACCGUUGAACACACACAUAGGACACCGAGAAAAGAAGCUAACGUCUUGUUUUAAGCGUUUCAGUUUUAACCGUUUUCACAGAAGCUGACUCUAUUAACGAAUAAAAUCAACAUUUAGAAUAUUAUUUAACAGUGAAUAGACGGUGUUAUAUCAUAUAUAUAGAAAUGGAGGCGCUGUUGUCCGCACAGGCGUUGGUGGUAUAGUGGUUAGCAUAGCUGCCUUCCAAGCAGUUGACCCGGGUUCGAUUCCCGGCCAACGCAUCUGUUUUUGCACCUGAAAGCCGGAUACAACUCGGUAGAAUUGUUUACGGCUUCAACUCCUGAAUGAGUUGGCCGUAAGCUGUGUGUGUGUGUGUGUGUGUGUGUGUGUGUGUGUGUGUGUGUGUGUGUAGACAUGGGCAGGUAUUUCCACAGCGAGAUCGACAUUAAGAGUCCAUGGCAUCAGGUGCUGGCUGCCUUCUGGCAGCGCUACCCCAACCCAUACAGCGCCCAUGUCCUCACAGAGGACGUCCUGUACCGCGAGGUCACCCCCAGCAACCACCUGUUGUCAAGGCGACUGCUGACAAAGACCAACAGGCUGCCCAGCUGGGCGGAGCGCGUCUUUCCCGCCCACAUGGCCCGGGCCGUCUACGUCCUGGAGGACUCCAUCGUCGACCCGCACACACACACACUCACCAUCAAGACCUGGAACCUCAACCACAACACGCUGAUGACGGUAGUAGAGCGGUGUUUGUUUGAGGAGGAUCACAGUCGGCCAUCGUGGACCAAACUGAGGAGGGAGGCCUGGAUCUCCUCGGCAGUUUAUGGUCUGGCCCGACCAAUACAGGAAUUUGGUCUCGCCAGGUUUAAAAGUAACCAAGCCAAAGCCAUGAAGGGGCUGGAGUACGCUCUGUCCAAGAUACAGGCUGAGGUUCCCCCUUAUCUCCAUGGCGACCAGGGCGAGUUGUCAGAGAAGCACAAGCCCCUCCAGCCGCAAGCCACGCCCAAGCAGUUUGUUUAACCUUCCUCUUCCUGUUGACCUCCAUCAUCAGAAAACAUGUGCUGCUUAUAAUCUCAGCUAAAGCAACGGAGAGUGAUGAAUAUUAACUGAGCAUCCGCUGUUCUGUACUGAACUACAAACCUUCCCAGAAUUCCUUGGGACAGACUGACGAAACUAUCUUAGUAAAAAAAACAAUCAUCAUAAGUCUUAUUUCUCUCGAUGAUUCUUUAGUGUUUAAUUUGGACAGUUGGUACAAGUAGAUUUAAACAUUCACAACUGAGGUUUUGUUUCAUCUUUAAAAGAUAAAUAGAUAUUUCUGAUAUAGUAUCUUAAAUAUUAAGUUGGGAUAAAAACACAUUUCUUUAAUAUUUUUCUUCUGUAAGAUCUAUAAAAAGUCUGAAUUAUGUUUUCCUAGUGUUAAGUUUAUUUACUUUUUUAGGAAUAUUUUCUGUUCAAGUCAUAAUUUUUAUAUUUUUAUUUGAACAUAGUUUGUAUUUGUCAUUUUGAAUUAUUUUAUUUCAGAAUAUUUUACAUAUCAUUUUUUCUGUCAUUUUGCAAAUGUUGAUCCAUAAGAAUCUCUUGCAUGGUCCAAUUAAUUUCAACUAUAUAAUAAUCUCAACUUUGUCUGUUGAGGUUAUUUUCUUUCUAUUUUUAGUUUAUUAGAAAAUUAUGCAUUAUGGAAACUGUUAAAUCUCUGUAUAUGAUUGUUGCAUCAGGUCACAGCUGUAGAUUGUUGCACAGAUGCAUGUUUCAUACUCUGAACUGUCCCUCCAGUCAGAAACGUUAGCGUUAGCGGUUUAGCUGAACACUGUUUUCCCUGCAUGAUCGCCCUCUAGUGGUCAGCUCCAAGGAAACUUAACACUCGUACCAAGUGACAAAGGUUCCUGAUUGGUCCUUUGUCGGCAUGCUGCUCAGAACGAGGCUCAUGGAUUUUCAUUCUGUUUCUUUCCAAAGUUUCAGUUUGUUGUUGUAGAAGCUGAUAACAGCACAGAACAGAAACUUCUUCAACCUGGACCAACCUUUGUUACAAAGUUUCAGUUUUAGAGAUAAUAACCUUUGUUUUAAAGGACCAGUGUGUAGAAUUUAGCGGCAUCUAGCAGAACG